GUGCAGAUGAUGAGUCUGAAGCUGCUGCUGCUGAACUUGAUGCUGCUGAUCCUGAAGCUGCUGAUCCUGAUGAACCUGAACCAGAUGAUCCUGAACCUGAUGAACCAGAUCCUUCUGCUGCUGAUGAUCCUGAACCUGAUCCUGAUGAUGCUGAGUUAGGUGAGUUACUGGUUGAUGUUGAUGUUGUUGUUGGUCCUGAUGAUGAAUCUGAAGCUGAUGCUGCUGAUGCUGCUGCUGCUGAACUUGAAGCUGCUGAUGAUGAUCCUGAUCCAGUAUUUGAUGCUGGUGCAGGUGCAGAUGAUGAGUCUGAAGCUGCUGCUGCUGCUGCUGAACUUGAUGCUGCUGAUCCUGAUGAUGAACCUGAACCAGAUGAUCCUGAACCUGAUGAACCAGAUCCUUGUCCUGAUCCUGAGCCAGAUGAUCCUGAACCUGAAGCUGCUGAUGAAGCUGCU